UUACUACGCAGUUGGAAUCAACUUUGUAUGCCGACCCGAAAGUGUGCUCUGAAAAAAAUCUAUUUUAUCCAGGAAAACACGAAUAAUUACAAUUGGAAAAAUAACAAAGUGUAAAGUGAAGUGCAAACUUAAGUGAUUAUUUCAAAACCCUCAAAAUUAAGAAUAUCUAGAACCAAAUAUUUUGAAUUGGAAAAGUUCGAGAGCUUUUCACAGUAGUGUGACCUAUAUUAUCGGAAUAUUACAUAAAAAAAGAUAAAGAUUAGACAUUCAUAACUGCAAGAAUUCUGAGGAGACUCUUAAGUGUGAGCCUCCAAGGAUACUAACAAACAAACACAAUUUAUUUACAUCGAAAAUUUUGCAACAACAACAACAAAGACCGAGACUUCAUCGACAGUCGCUACGAUAAAUAUUUAUGUCCUGUACUUGGUUGUUUUGAAACGUGCAUUUACGAAGGAACGCGCAGUACUUUAGUGACUCUCAGUAGUUGGAGGAGUGUCUCUUACGUAAAAAUUAAAAGUAAAAGCCAAGCAGACCUAAUUGGAGCAGCUAAAGUGUGAAUUAAGUUGGGAAGACACGUCAAUUGAUUAACAAAAAAUAAAGGCUAAAUAAAUAAAUUUUGUUCAUGCAAUAUCUUUAGAAAUUUCUACAACGAAUUGCUCACCAACACACACACAAAAUCUAACCGGCUUUGAAUAAUUCGCUGUAUUAGUUGUGUGGCAGCCGCAACAGUACAACGGAAAAAAAAAUAAUAAUAAAACAACCAACAUAAUAUAUUGCGUUGUAUCAAAUUAAAACAGUGUCCGACAACAGAGACGUGCGUUUCCAGCAGUAAUAGAUUGUUGACUUAAAUUGAUCAAGAUGGACUUUGAAAAGCCAUUGGAUGACCUUGACGCUAUCGAGGCGGAAUUGAAUGAAGGUAUUGACAAAGUAGACGGCGAGAUUGACUCCGAAGGUGCAGCGAAUUUGGCCAAGAAGCCCGUUGUGCCCGACACCAAAAAACGUGCCAAAAAGAUUGCGAGACAAAAUAGCAAGGAAGCUGCCAUUGGAGUAUCGGGUGCUCCCAAUUUCGUUGCGCCACAACGUCGUUGGAAGAAUAGUCGUCGGUCACGCAACUCACAGGGCCGAGGAUUGCCAAAGAAAAAUGGUGGCGGAGGAAAAGGAGUUUGGGGCAAAAUGGGAUCAGAGUUACUCGAAGAGCUAGAAAUUGAUGCUGACGAUCCAAAUUAUGACCAGGACACCUACAACAACGUAGAGUUGAAGGAAAUUGUUCCUGAGAUGACUCUCGAGGAGUUCACGAAGAAACUUGAGCCCAUCAUACUCGAGUAUUAUGAUCACGGUGAUACGCACGAAGUGGCUGACAGCCUUGAUGAAUUUAUGACGGGAGCCAUGCGUCCCUAUGUUACAAAAGUCGCAAUCGAAAUUGCCAUGGAACACAAGCAGUCACACCGAGAAAUGACUUCGGUCCUUCUUUCGGACUUGUAUGGACGAUGUAUCACCAGCAAAGACAUCGUUCGUGGCUUUGAUAUCCUUCUUGACGAUCUACCUGAUCUCAUUUUAGACACACCUGAGGCCCCCCAAAUUCUCGGAAAUUUCAUGGCUCGUGCUGUCGCCGACGAUUGUAUCCCUCCACGUUAUGUCACGCAUCCCGAUGACAAGGACAAGACUAACGAGUAUGCAAGAACCGCUCUUACGCAUGCGAAUACGCAUUUAUCCAUGCAAACAGGAUGGGCUCACUUGGAUGAUGUCUGGGGAGUUGGCGGAGCUCUGCGUCCCGUUAAGACUAUCACAAAACAGAUGAACAUGUUAUUGCAGGAAUAUUUGAUGUCACGAGACAUUCCUGAGGCUCAUCGUUGUAUCACACAAUUGGAAGUGCCACAUUUCCACCAUGAACUGGUUUAUGAAAUUGUUAUUUUGACACUCGAAGCUCUCAAUGAGAAUGUUGAGGAAGCCAUGUGUGAGCUUCUUAAAUCAUUGGACUCGUCUUGCAUUGUCUCGCCAACUAUUAUGGAACAAGGCUUCCAACGUGUCUACGAUGACAUGACUGAUAUUUCAAUUGACAUACCUCUGGCAUACAUAAUAUUAGAUCGUUUCUUACAACGCUGUUAUCGGGCUGGCUUCAUAAGUGAUAAGCUAAUCAAAAAUCAGCCGACUAGAGGUCGCAAACGUUUCGUCUCGGAAGGUGACGGUGGUCAUAUCAAACCACAGAACAUGCAAAUUCGAGAAUUCAACAAACAAGUGUAAAAUGUUUCUUCGUUCCACUUGACCUCCAUGUUAUCAAGUCAGAAAGGAGAAAUACCAUCCAAGGAGAACAGAAAAAAACAAAACUUAUUACUAUAUUACUACAUAUGCUUAAUCGCUAAAUGCCUAUGAAAAUCUAUACACAUUAACUGUCAAAAAAGAAAUGAAUCCACAUUUUUUCAACAAAAACCUACGUUCAUACUAAACAAAAAUCAAUUAGAAGUGAAAAUUAAUUAAAACAACACGGAUUACCUCUUAAUGUUAGAAAAAAGUAUAAAAAUUAAGACUUGAAUGAAAAACUCACAAGAUGGUUGAUUUUGAUUGGACAAGAUUUUUUCUUAUCGAAUUGAAAUUCAUGAUUUUUAUAUCAUUCUUAAUUACCUACACCUAUAAUUUAAAUUAACAAAAAAAAACCAAGGCAUUUGCAUUAAAAAAAUACAUUUAUCUUUUUAACCAUUCUAAUAUGUUCUCUGUUCCUUAUGACAAAUCUAAAAUCAUUAAGUCAUGAUAGAAAAUAAUUGCAGAAAAACAAAAUUAAAUACAUGCAUUUUUAUUUUUUAAAAUUUGUAUUUUUGUAGAAAAAGAGGUUUGAUUUUUAUAAUGAUUUUUGGUUAGCAAAACUACCUCAAUGAUUUUGAUCUCCUUCAAAUUUCAUUUCAUUUUAAUAAAAUCGUUCCUUUUCUUUUUCGAAUUCAUCAAAAAUAAUGUCCCAGUUAAAAUGCAUUUUGUCAUGUAGAAAAAUAAAGUACUAACAGUUUUCAAUGAACCUUACAUUUUUUUAUAAUUUUGAAAAAUGAAAGAGGUGAUUUGGUAGCAAUCACAAAAAUAUGUAUGCGCAUAUUGAGUACUACACCUAGAUUUAAAAAAAAUAAAUAAAAAGCAAC